AUGUCCGUUCACAUCGGCGGAUUCUGGUUUCCCUAUGAGGCCUUCGAUGAUCUAUUUAUGAAAGCGUACGACAUUCCUGACAUCACCGCUCCCAUUUACUUCGACGACUGCGACUAUCUCGAUUUCCCCACUCUCAUUGGACAUGACGUCCGGGACAAAUCUGGCGAACUCGCAUCGGGAUGGGUCCUUGCGUGUCGCUUGGCGUUUGUUGACCCCGGGCUUGAGGUUCCGGACCUCUCCAUCGAUCAAAGCACGAGGGCCUGUGCCGACCACUGGUUCCCGCCGUGGCUACGCGGCCUCGAAGACUUCAAAAAGGUUCGGUAUAUACAGUACGAGCAUAACGGAUACAUCCCUAUUCCUUUCAUUGAGUCGAAAGAGAGGGAGUGUGGCAUGCCCCAGCAGAAGUGCUGCCCAGAUAUGCCGAAACGGCUGCAGAAGCGUCACGAGUGGGGUCGUACUUUCACCUACGUGCCUCCCAGUGUGCACGCUUUGUAUGUCUAUGACGACGACGACGACGACGACGACGACGACGACAGCGCCAAUACCUCAGACUCGGACUUCGCUCAACCAUCCGGAGGAACCCCUUCACCUUGGGCAAGCGUCCAACAUCCGCGUCGCGGUGUCGGCCGUACAUCCAACUAG